GCGGCGCUCCUGCUUCGGAGGAUGGCAAUGGGAAACCCCCUCUGAACAACUCUUGCCAAGAAAGCAACAUGAUCGGGUCUCCGUAAGUCAUAAACGAAGGGAUGCGGUGGCUCAGCGGUUAAAGAGAAAGGAUCAACUGUCUGGCUUGAAUCUGAUGAAUCUAUCUUUCUUUACCUGAAGAGAAGCUUCAUAACUGCUCAGUCAGGAGGAUUGCCUCAGCCAUGCAGCAGAACAUUAUCCUGUCUCCGGGAAUGCAGGUUUGGCAUUUGCCAGUAAUUUGGCCAGUCUUAUGCCUGAGAGAGAAUGUGACAGAAGCAAAAAGAACAGCAUCAUCUAACCUUGUAUUUGUUUCUGAACACCACUCAUUGAUGGAAAAACAAGAAUUAAGAAAAGGAUCGCCUACUGUACAGGGCAGAAGCAGAAGAGGAUUCUGGGAAGGAGGAACCAUGAAGAAGAGCCUGGAAAAAGAUCUGCUCAGUUCGGAGGUACAACGCCGGCACUUCAGGCAGUUCCGCUAUGAGGAGGCUGAGGGACCCCGAGAGCUCUGCAACCGACUCCAUGCUUUCUGUUGCCAGUGGUUGAAACCAGAGCAACACACCAAGGGUGAGGUCCUGGACCUGGUGAUCCUGGAGCAGUUCCUGGCUGUCCUUCCCCCAGAGAUGGAGAGCUGGGUCAGGGAAUGUGGAGUGGAAACAAGUUCCCAGGCAGUGGCACUGGCAGAAGGAUUCCUCUUGAGUCAAGCAGAGAAGAAGAAACAGGAAGAGCAUAUCAAGCAUAGCUACCAAAGGUGUAAAAAGGAGGCGUUUCUGGCCGAGGCCACUGAUGAUCUUGAGGCCAUGGAUCCCUUAGAUUCUGGCCAGGGAGUGCAGUCCAUGUGGAUCACGCAGGAAAAGGACAAAGAUGGCAACUCAUUGGGAGAAAGAAGACUGCCAAGGCCAAGACGUACUAUCUCAGCAAUUCAUUCAGAUGCUUUGAGAACAGCUUCAGAGAGUUUGGAUCAGGUGACCUUUGAGGAAGUGGCUGUGUAUUUCAGCAAGGAGGAGUGGGCUCUGCUGGAUCCAGAUCAAAGGGCCCUCCACAAGGAAGUCAUGGAGGAGAAUCUAGACAUUGUGGCAUCUCUGGGUGAUGGAUUGGAAAAUGAGAAUGGAGCAGAACCAAGUAUGCCUUUGCUGCAGGGUCAACAAAAGAAAGAGAAGCAAACAAAAAAUGACACUCAAGCAAAAAUGGGCAACAAAGCCUCUGCUUCUCAGGCUAGGGACAUCUGGGACAUCUUCACCCAAGAAAAAAUAGGAGGAAAUGGAAGGAAUAAAGAUAUUUCUCUUGAAUAUGGAGAGAACCUCAGUUUAGAUGGAAGCUUUCAUAGCGGCCCUGAUACAGAGAGAAUUCACACAAUAGAGAAAAACUUUGAUUUCAAGGAGUGUGGAAAGAAGUCACACUUUCUGUCACAUCAAAGAACCCACACAGGGGAGAAAUCAUACAGUUUCUUGGAGUCUGGAAAAAGUUUCAGUCAGAGUGCACACCUCACUUCUCAUCAAAAACCUCUAACACUAGGGAAACAGUUUAAAUGUUUAGAGUGUGGCAGGAGCUUCAUGUGGAAGAUGAGCCUCAUGCUUCAUCAGGCCACUCACACAGGAGAGAAACCAUUUAAAUGCAUGGAAUGUGGAAAGAAAUUCAGUCGAAAAGAACACCUCAACUGUCACCAAAUAACCCACACAGGAGAAAAACCAUUUAAGUGCUUGGAGUGUGGAAAAAUCUUCAGUCGGAAUGCACACCUCAUUUCUCAUCAAACCACCCACACCUUGGAGAAACCAUUUAAAUGUUUGCAAUGUGGAAAAGGUUUUGGUUGGAAGUCGAACUUUACCCGUCACCAAUUAAUUCACACAGCAGAGAAACCAUUUUCAUGCCUAGAGUGUGGAAAAAGUUUUCGUUUGAAGCAAAGCCUUGCUGAUCAUCAAACAACUCAUGCAGCGGAACAACCAUUUAAAUGCCUGGAGUGUGGAAAAAAUUUUGUGUGGAAAAAGAGCCUUGCCAAACAUCAAGCUUCUCACGCAGCAGAGCAACCAUUUAAAUGCAUGGAAUGUGGAAAAAGUUUCAUUUGCAAGAAGAGCCUUGUCGAACAUCAAGGCUCUCAUGCAGCAGACAAACCAUUUAAAUGCACAGAAUGUGGGAAAAGUUUCAGUUGGAAGAAGAGCCUUGCGGAUCAUCAAGUAACUCACACAGAAGAGAAGCCAUUUCAAUGUUUGGAAUGUGGAAAAAGUUUCAGUUGGAAGUCAAACUUCACUCGUCAUCAGUUAACGCAUACAGGAGAGAAACCAUUUAAGUGCCAGGAAUGUGGAAAGACUUUCAGUCGGAAGAGUUACCUGGCUGGGCAUCAAUUAGAGCAUGCAGGAGAGAAACCAUUUAAAUGCCAGGAGUGUGGAAAGAGUUUCAUUCAGAAGGGAGAAAUGGCUAUUUAUCAAUUAACUCAUGCAGGGAAGACAGCAUUUAAAUGUCAGGAAUGUGAUAUAAGUUUCAGUCAUAAAAAUUACCUUGCUGGGAGAAAUUUCAGUCAGAAGACAAACCUCACUUUUCAUCAGUCUCUGCACACAGAGGAAAGUCUUUUUGAAUGUCAGAAAUAUGAAAAGGGUAUAAAGCAAGAAACAACACUUAUGAAACGUAGGAUUUCUCAAAGGCGAGAGCCCACAUAAGUGCUUGGAGUAUGGGAAAAGCUGUAGUUUUAGUGUAGGAAAUGUUUUAGUUGGAACUCUCCAAAGAGUUCAUGGAGGGGAAAACCNUUUUAAUCUAUUUGAGUUUAGAGCUUGGAAAAAGACAUAGAAGGACAAGAUACAUUUUCACAUCCAACAAUUUCCCAAGGAUUUUUUUUUAUGGUAGAGAAAGCUAACAGUAAUUUUAAAACUGAUAGGACAAGGAGGACCCAGAUACAAUACAAGAUAGUAAAACUUUAGGUGAAAUACUUGAGGAAUCACUGGUGUUGUUUGAAUGUCUGCCUAAUUGAAUAGCUGAAGUGGUCCUGGUCCUUCUGCUUUCUGAGAUAGAUAAGGAAGGUGCAUAUUUACUCUUGAAGCAACACCCCAGUGUGAAAAUUUAGUCAGAAAUGUUUUAGUUAAAUUCUCCCGAUACUCUGGAAGACAGCAAUUUCUAACUCCUCAAGAUCCACUAGGAUCUUGAUUUGUGCUGAGAGGACUUUACCUUCAGACAAAUAGACUCAGACUCAGAAAAGGUUUAGACUCUGCUGUGCUUAACCACUUCUCACAUUGUCUUUGGGGUCAUUUUGGUGUGACCUUCCUUACUGACCUCUUUUAACAAGCUGUCAGAUUAGCUUUCAAAGUACAGUAUUUUCCACCUUGUUUAAAUGCUGUAUCUCUCUAUGUUUCCUUGCUCAAUCAGUUCCAAUCCAGUGUUAUAGGAUCAGGCAUGUUGGUGAUAAAAUGCAAAAUUAAUGACAAGUGUUUAACUUGAAAUGUUGAUUUUUUAACACAGAUGGUUUUAUAUUCUAUAUAGCACUCAACAGCAGUGAGUUGGCAAAAGUGGAAAGUAGGGCGCUCUUUAAUAUAUCUGCAGGAUUAUGUCAGUCAGUCAAUUUAUACAAGCCAGACAUCAGAACUUGUCUCUCCUGAUUUGCAUGUAGGAUAGCCUUCCUACAUUCUUUAAGAAAUGGAAACAUGUAUGGUUUAUUGAAGUUAUUAUUUUUUAUAUUAGCAUACCAAGACCUAUCUUUGCACCUUUUUGUUUCCUAAAUGAAUGAUUUUAAAAUGUAAUUCAGUGUUAAUGGGGUCAAUACAAUUGUCAGAAUCAUUAAAGAAAUGUUCAAAUUAAAAACAGAUAUAGCACAGAGGGAUCCUGAAUAAAAAAAAUAUUACUAUUAAA